UAGCCUCAACGGUUUACAGUAACAACAACAACAACAACAGCUAAACAAUGAUGCCAAUAAAAGCAGCUGUAAGCCCUGAGCAGGUGGAUUCCAAGUUAAAGGAACUGUUGCAGUGGUUCGAAAACACCUCAACAUUACCCGAAAAAAUAGAGCCAAUUGUAAUGCUACGUUUCCUGAAGUGUAUGGACUACGACAUAGACGCCACCAAAGACCUGAUACAGCUCAACUAUAAUCUGCGCAAUAAGAAUCCCAAUCUAUUUAUCGAUCGCAACAUGGAUCAGGAGAUGACGGCCAAAUGCUUAAAUGUCUCGGAUCUGCUCAUACUGCCAGGCGUUACGCCCGAGCGCCACAAGCUCUUAUUGUUUCGCAUGACUGACUUUGAUCCACGAACGCGCAACUCUGUGGAGGAGACGAAAAUCUUUUUUAUGAUGGCCGAUGCACGGUUCACAGAACCAGAUGUAGAGAGAACAUCAGAUGAUUCCGCCGCGAACACAGGCCUCGGCAUUACUGAUGCAGAUCUGGCGGAUGGCGAUGUACAGAUCGUUGACAUGAGUGGCUAUACGAUGAGGCACAUUGCCUACGUGUCGAUCUUUGUGCUGCGUGUCUACAUGAAAUUCCUGCAGGAGGCAUAUCCUUCCCGGCUGCGUGCCAUGCACAUCAUCAACUGCCCCUCGAUUUUGGACAAGAUGAUGUCGUUAUUUAAGCCCUUCAUACGCGAAGAUGUCUUCCAAAUGAUCAAUUACCACACCGAGGGCAUGGAAAGUCUCUAUGAGCUGGUUCCCAAGGACAUGCUGCCGGUGGAGUACGGCGGUAAAGCUGGUACAGUUGCCGAAAUCAAACAGAAAUGGAUGCAGAUCAUGCGCGACAAAUCAGCGUAUCUGAGCGACGACAGAUAUUGGAGAGUGACGUCGGAGACCAAGAGCCGUUGGUCCUGGUUCUAGUAGUGCCAAACGGAGCUAGGCAAAUCGUUAGCCGCAAAUGUGAUUAUUAUUUUAAACAAUAAUGUCGUAUAGAAACAUGUA